UUCGUCUACGCCCGGUGGAUAGGAUAUGGAAGCUGGCUGGUCGAGGCCCUUCAGCUGGAAGUUUCCUCUCUCCAUCGAAGUGCUGCCUGUGUUGGUUCUCGCGGCCGGGAUCUGGUCUUGUCCGAGUCUCCACGGUUGCUUGCGGAACAUGAAGAGACAAGCAGCGCGCACACCGUUCUCAGUCGACUACAUAACGGACAUAGUCUCGUCGAAGCGGAAUAUGAACGAUUUUUGGACAGCUGGAAGCCGCACGCCAUUUCCGCGUGGGCUGGCUUGAUUUGAUCCCAGUGCCAAGUUUACGGCGGCGUCUGUUGUUGACUUGUAAGAUUCAGCUCUUCACAAUGUCGAGUGGAGUAAAUGCCAUCAACUAUUGCAGGCCACGAACUUACGGCUAUCCGCGCUCUAGCACUAGCAGGAGCCUCAUGAUCAUCGGCGUCUAUGAUGCACAGGCCCAAGUGUAUAAAACCGUCUGCAUCGCGUUCGUGGACCGAGUCGGACGCAGGCAGGUGUUGAUUCCCGUCCAUGAAAGGCAUGGGAGCUGCACUCUAUGUCAACGCUACUCUGGCCCACUAU